AUGCCCUGUCCGGAAUGUGGUUCUCCGACAGCUGGCGUGGCGGAGUGGAUUCUCCGGAAGCUGCGGCGCCUCAGGGGCAAGCAUGCUGCGGGCCCCACUUGUACUGCAUGCCUGGCAAAGAUCCGGAGAGGCUCCGAUGCUGGCACGCCCGUGCCUAGGCUCCCUGCUGGUGGCUACACUGCCGGAAGCCCUGCACCUUUGGUCAAGGUGGCAUGCCGCUUUGGGGCCUCCUGCUACCAGGUGAGUCCCGAGCAUUGCGAGCGCUUCACACACCCCGGGGACCAAUGCUACCGGCUGGGCCAGGUGGCCUUCGACUCUGGACCAGAGCUGGACACACUAUGGGAUGUGUUCACUUACUUCGACUCACGCUCCUCAGGCUACCUUCGACUCCGGGACUUCCGAGCCGCCGCCGCGGAGCUUGCGCAGCGAGGGCUGCUGCGAGACUCACCGCGGCGCUUCGAGGACGUUGCUGCAGAGUGGGCUGCUGCAGGCGGCGUGCAGCGUGGACAUGUCAGCUUCGUCCGUUUUGCCACCUGGGCCAGCCGCCAGGGCGUGAAUCUGGCAGUCGGCCUCGAGGUGAAGCCAGGCUCUGCACGUCGGUGCCACGCCAGCGUGCUUGGAGUGGGUUGCACCUGCCACACCUUCAUUGAAGGAGACGGCAUAGCCUGCGCUUGCUGUGGCCAUGCAGAUCGCGUUCACUGGUCUGACUCCUCGCGACAAGGGCUGGCCGCUCUUCUCCUGUCAUGUCGCCCUUUGCACUGGGCUUCUGGUGUCACGGGGCUUGUGAAGCUGACGGAUUCCGUCAUCCUGGAAAAGCUGAGCUCCUUGCUCAUCUGCACGCACAAGGAGGCGGACAACUGGACGCGUGAUCGCGGCUGCGUGUUGCAUGGGGUCAAUGCCUGCGAGCCGGCCUGCAUCUUCAAAAACAAGGUGGCGGUUCCCAGUGGCUACCGACUGACUUCGGCUCAGCGGAAUCAGUCUCCAUUGCACUGGGCGAGGUACAGCAUGAUCCGCGCAGCCAUUCUCAAGGAGUUGCGGGCCCGGGGCGGCUGCAAGCGCGUGAGCACUGAAAGCAGUCAGGAGCCUUUCGACCGUUUGGAUGGGGCGCCCCUGGAUGAACGAAUGAACGAAUGGUGGCUGUUCCAUGGAAGCUCAGAGGCUUCGUGCCUCGCCAUAUGUGAGCGGAACUUCACCUUGGACCUGGCUGGAUCCGGUGCGACCUGGACAAGGUCGGGCGCAGGCACAUCGCUUUACGGCCCUGGCGUGUACUUUGCCGAGAGAAUCACGAAAGCAGACGAGUAUGCAGUCGGCAGUGCUGGGGAGGGUGACACCACCGUCUACACGGUGCUUCUUUGCCGCGUGGUCGCAGGCAGCCCCCGGGUCUGCACCACGAACCAGAUCGACACAGAUCGCUUGCGCGAGGACAUCCUCGGUGGUUUGCACCACUCUGUCCUGGGAGACAGGGUAUCCGAGUUGAAGAAGCCCUUUCGCGAGAUCGUUGUCUACGACACCGACCAGGUCUAUCCGGAGUUCCUACUGACCUACACGCGGCACUACUGA